AUGGCACGAAUACGCACCCGAGGAGAGUCAGACCUCGAGAAAGAAGGCUUUCUGCAUCGCAAUCAACGGCACAGUGAGGACGACAGUCCGGACACCACCAUCCUCGACGACGAAGCCUCUCCUUCCACUGCCUCCUCUCGAGCCGCCUCGUACUCUCUCAAGCCUAUGCCCUUCAAUGAAGCAUACAGCUCGAAAAGAUCCUCUUCCCCCCCAUAUCUGGGUAGGAUGCCUCGGUCAAUCAUGCGCUAUUUGUGUUUAGGCGUCGCCGCGACCCUGAUCAUCUUCAUUUUGUCACUGGUACGGAUGAGCCACAACGCGCAAAAAGAGGUGGAGAUAGCCAUUGAACAGAAGGAAAUGAAGCCAAAGCCCCCACCGUGGGAGGACUUCCCGUUCCUGCAGAGAUAUUACGGUGGGCUUCGGUCGUUGGUGCCAGUGGCCGAUAACGUGCCCGAGUACCCGAGGAAAGAGGAUGAGGGCGAGUGGCAGACGCUGAAUAUCACCGACGAAGGACUGGAAAGGCCGCCGUCCAAGAGGUCACCGGAAGAUGCGCCGCUGGACAAGGAGCGAAGAAAGAGAGCGCCUCAACAAAGCAAGAGGUUCGAUCCGUACCCCAAUUAUACCUCUCCUGAGUACAUCGCCAAAUAUGGCGACAAAGUGGAUUGCUUCCUGGACGUUGCGAACACCGUGUCUAUUCCGCAGGUGCGCAUGUAUGAGGGUAUUCCCCGGGGAUUUCCAGACGUGGUCAUGGGCUCGGCAAAAAUGCUGGGAUUAAGGGAUGACAUCUGCUACGACAGAUUUGGGCGCCUAGGUCCAUACGGGCUCGGAUACAGCAUCAACAGGGGCGGCAGUGGAGCACAGCAAGAAGGCGAGCGAGAGGGCGCCGACCUCGUGUGGCAGGAAACGCCCGAAGUGGACUGGAGGGGAAUCCACUGGUCAGAAGUACAACAACGAUGUGUGAAGGCGAACAAUCAUCGGUUCAAACCAUUGCCUGAACACCCCCGUAUUGAGGCGUUCCAGGCAAUGGCGGUUGGUAGCGCAUACAGCAAGAGAGACGAUUCGUCUGAUGUUGCAGCAAUGCCACCAAAGGCAUCCGGGAGCCCCUCAAAACCGAAGACGGGUUCCGAAAAGCUGCCGCGCACGGCCGUUGUGAUUCGAACGUGGUGGGAUUAUCCAUACACCCCUGAGGAUAAGAUUUACCUGCGCUCCCUGAUCUCGGAAUUGACCAUGUUGAGUGGCGGAGAGUAUGUGGUACAUUUCCUUGUCCAAGUCAAAUCCAACGACGUGCCCAUCUUCUCUGACGACGAAACAUAUGAGCGGAUUCUGCGAGAUUCGUUGCCGGAGGAGUUCCACGGCAUGGGUACUCUUUGGACCGAGAAGCAGAUGGAGCUCAUGUAUGGCGGUCUUGAAGAGACGAAUAUGCGCGGUCUGCCUGUCCACGGUGUAUAUCGCAGCACGUUCAUGCCAAUGCAAUACUUCGCCCACCAACACCCCGAGUACGACUUCUUCUGGAACUGGGAAAUGGACAUCCGCACCACGCACCACUGGUACCAUUUCUUCGACAGUAUCACGCAAUGGGCGAAACAACAACCCCGCAAACUUCUCUGGGAAAGGAACAGUCGGUUCUUUGUGCCCUCCGAGCACGGCGAAUGGGAAGAUUUCUCCCAAAUGGUCCGCAUCCAGACAGAGCACGGCACAAACAGCGUGGCAAAUCUAUGGAGCAGCCUCAACCGUGCGAAUAAAGAUCCAAAAAAUCCUGGCUUCAGCACCCCGGCCGGAGCCAUGAAGCAACAAGGGGACAAGCCCAUCUGGGGUCCUGAACGUCCCCUCGACGACGAUGUGUCCAUGGACACCGACCCGGUACCACCGACGUCCUUCGACAAGGACAAAUACACCUGGGGUGUUGGCGAAGAUGCUGACCUUAUUGUGUUCAACCCCCUCUUCGAUCCUGAUGGGACAACUUGGCUCCUUACGGAUGAUACGACAGGCUACAAUAUCACCCGCGGCCGACCACCCCGUCGCACAGCAAUUAUAACCGCCUCUCGCCUUUCACGCAAGCUCCUCGUCACCAUGCACAAGGAGACCGCACUGAAGAAACACUCCAUGUUUAGUGAAAUGUGGCCGGCAAGCUGCGCGCUGCAUCAUGGGCUCAAGGCCGUCUACGUGCCGCAUCCCGAGUACAUCGACCGAAAGUGGCCCACAAACUACUUACAGUCAGUCUUCAAUGCCGGCCGAAACGGGGCAACAGGCGCCGCGCGAACCAGCGUCUUUGGCGAGAGGGAACACAAUUUCCGAGGCACCACGUGGUACUAUAAUGCUGGCUUCCCGGAGGUGCUGUGGCAUCGCUGGCUGGGGUACAAGUUCAACAACGACGGCGGCGAACAGUUUGAGGUGGCUGGCGAGGGAAGAAUGUGUCUUCCAGGCAUGUUACUACAUCCGAUCAAGAGAGUCGACUUGGUGCUGGAGGGCAGGAAGGCGGAUCAGCACCCAUGA